CGUGAGUUCAUGUCGAAUCGCAGUGACGUAUCGAGAGAUUACAGUGCCCCGACCUUUCCUUUCACCGCGAAAGUCUCGUUCAUUAUAUGUGGUUCAAUGUGGUUUUACCACGGUUUUACUUUAGUGCCUCCCAUUUUUGUGAUAUUAGGAGAAUUGUGGGUUUUCACGAAUGCAGAUUUUUUUGUACAGUCUUCGAUUCGCAUGCAAGCUUGCGGCUAGUCGUUUCUGUCACAGCCAUACGCUCUACGAUCGGAAAGUCGUCAGAGAGUGCGGAGCGAACGUGAGGUUAUACGGCGAUUCCAACUGGGGUUCGAAGAAGCAGCAUAGAAAAGUGAAAUUACAUUUCUCUCUCGUUAUGAGCGACCCAAAGAUCGAGGAGGCCUUGGCGCCAUUUAGAGCAAAAGUUAAGGAACAGGGUGAUCUGGUGCGUCAGCUGAAGAGCGAUGGGGCACCAGAAUUGGAUGUCAAAAAAGCUGUUGCAGAACUCAAGUCACGGAAAAAAUUAUUGGAAGAUAAAGAAUUAUCUCUUAUUCCUGACGCAGCCAAUUUUGAUAGAUCAAAGAUGGAGGAUCUUCUCAAACGUAGAUUCUUCUUAGAUCAGUCUUUUGCCAUUUAUGGUGGAAUCACUGGGCAGUACGAUUUUGGUCCUAUGGGCUGUUCCCUCAAAGCAAACUUAUUGAGUGCUUGGCGGAACUUUUUUGUAUUGGAAGAACAAAUGCUAGAAGUGGACUGUUCGAUUUUGACACCGGAGCCAGUUCUAAAAGCAUCCGGCCAUGUCGACAGAUUUGCUGAUUUAAUGGUAAAGGAUGUGAAGAAUGGGGAAUGCUUCCGUUUAGAUCAUUUGAUUAAAGCACACUUGGAAAAAGUAGCUGCGGAUAAGAGAACUGAUGAAACUACUCGCGCUGAAUGUACAGACAUCAUCAUAAAACUGGAUGGUAUGACAAAGGACAAUAUGGCUGCAAUCAUGUCAAGGUUCAACAUGAAAUCACCGAUAUCCGGAAACGAUCUCACAGAGCCUAUAGAAUUUAAUUUAAUGUUUGGAACUCAAAUUGGUCCAUCUGGUCUCACAAAGGGAUUUCUCAGACCAGAAACAGCUCAGGGUAUCUUUGUGAAUUUCAAAAGACUGUUGGAAUUCAAUCAAGGCAAGUUGCCAUUUGCAGCUGCUCAAAUCGGAAAUGCCUUCAGAAACGAAAUCUCUCCAAGGUCUGGUCUGAUCCGCGUAAGAGAAUUUACAAUGGCCGAAAUCGAACAUUUCUGCGAUCCAAGCAACAAGAAACAUCAGAAAUUCAACUCGAUUCGGAACACGAUGCUACUUUUGUACUCGGCUUGCAAUCAAAUGGACGGAAAAGGAGCAGAGUACAUGAAAAUCGGUGACGCUGUUAGCGCGGGUCUUGUGGCUAACGAGACCUUGGGAUAUUUCAUGGCCAAGAUUCAACACUUUCUGUUGAAGGUCGGGAUCGAUCCAAUAAAGUUACGUUUCCGUCAGCACAUGAGUAACGAAAUGGCUCAUUACGCCUGCGACUGUUGGGACGCGGAAUGUCUGACCUCGUACGGUUGGAUCGAGUGUGUUGGCUGUGCUGACAGAUCAGCCUACGAUUUGACACAGCACACAAAGGCCACUGGGGUUAAAUUAGCAGCAGAGAAGAAGCUGGCUGAACCAAAAGUCGUCGACGUCACUGAAGCUGUUCCAAACAAGGGCGUCAUCGGCAAAGUUUUCAAGAAGGAAGCCAAGGCAGUCCUUGACACUCUCGCUGUGUUGGAUAAAACUGAAAUCGAGAAUCUAGAGACGCAAUUGAUUGUUAACGGAGAGUACAAUUUGUCACUGCCCGAUGGUCGUUCAGUCAAAAUUGCGAAAGACAUGAUUAUCAUAAAACGUUAUCAGAAAACUCUUCACGUUGAAGAAAUAACGCCAUCCGUUAUUGAACCCUCCUUUGGUAUAGGUCGCAUUAUGUACGCCAUUUUCGAGCAUAACUUUAAGAUGAGGGAAGGAGACGAGCAACGGACAUACUUGAGUUUACCGUCCGUCGUGGCGCCUUUGAAAUGUUCUGUUUUGCCGCUCAGCGGAAAUACUGAAUUUAUACCUUUCGUUAAGAAAUUGUCACAAGAUCUCACCAGAGUGGACGUUUCCCACAAAGUGGACGAUUCUUCAGGCAGCAUUGGACGACGAUAUGCGCGUACGGAUGAGAUAGCUAUUCCUUUCGGAAUUACUAUUGACUUCGAUACAUUAAAAACGCCCCACAGUGCCACACUUAGAGAAAGGGACAGUAUGGGCCAAGUUAGAAUAAGUUUGAAUGAGCUUCCUGGCGUCGUUAGAGAUCUUUCUUACGGUAAAACCACAUGGGCAGAAGUAGAGAUAAAGUAUCCGAAAUUUGAACAGCAAGAAACCGCGAGAGCAUAGCUCAAUAUUAUACGCAAUUGGAGAUCAUUAUUGAAAUGGCAUUAUACGAUAAUAGAGAAUUGCACUACAGUAAUUCGAUUACCAUUAUCGUAUUGCGAAUCACAUAGUGUUUUUGUCAAGGGUCUACCGAAACAUCUGCUUUUUUUACUUUGGUGUUUCCUUACGGACGCUCAAACUCAUCGACAACUUACAGGAAGAUAAAUACAAUUUUACUAUUUUAUCCUCCAGUA